UUCUCCUUGUGUCAGUGGAAAAAAGAAAGCCCCACCUACUUCCAUGACUACAUAAAUCUUAGUGCUAGAGCUGAAGUCUAGCAAGAUCCGUUAACAUUUGCCAGAGGAAAGACAAACAGAGAAGCAAACCUGACCUAUAUCCAUCCUGUGAUAAAACCACACGGCUGCUGCUGCUGUUUCAGUGCCAGUGACAUUCAUUUAUUUUUCAUGGUCUUCCUAAGAACGCAUCACCAUGAAGAGCUGUUGUGUAUUUGUCUGGUUACUGUUGCCUAUCACUGUACUUGAAGCAAACUAUGUUCUUCAAACUGGAGACAUAAGGCUGGUGAAUGGCAACAAGCCAAACAAUGGUCGUGUGGAGAUUUACUAUGAUGGCCAGUGGGGAACAGUCUGUGAUGAUAACUGGGGCCUGGAAGAUGCCCUUGUGGUCUGCCGUAUGAUGGGCUUUGCGAAUGCAACAAGAGCUGUAGGGAAUGCGGAAUUUGGCUCAGGCUCUGGUCCCAUCCUGCUUGAUGAUGUUACCUGUAAAGGAACAGAAGUCUCACUAGCAUCCUGCAAUCAUAAAGGAUGGAGAGUAACAGACUGCAGCCAUUCAGAAGAUGCAGGAGUAGAAUGUGAAACCGGAACAGAUGUUGAGAAGUGGAGUAAACGGUACAGCCUGGACAAGUCUGAUGACUUCUCUGAGGCUCUGGGUAAAUUAUAUGAUAGUAAGUGGCACUGCGACUUUCACAUUCGGGUUAUGACCACAGAGAAGACAAAGAACACAACUAUCUGUACCCAUCAGCUCAUACUUGCUAUGAACACUGAUGCAGAGUUCCUGUUGAAAAACAAUGUUGCAUCCUACACAAUGAAAGUGACUGAUGAGUGCUUUCCCUACGUUGAUGAUUUUAUAAGUUACAGUAACUCCUUUAUAUAUUUUUUCUAUUUCUCCAUAUAUUUGUAUUCCAAAAGAAUAGAAAUCAGUCUGUCCUCUGCUCGCUGCAUCCAUCAGAUGGCUUCUUUGUAUGGAAUAAAAAAACUGCAGGAAUUUUGUACCCAGAUUCUGUCUCAGCUGCUGCCAGAGGACCCCACUUUUAAGAGUCAGGUGGACUUCCUCAGCUAUGCUUUUUCUUCUCAGGAUGGCGUGUUACAGGAGCUCUGUUUGCAGUAUCUAGCCUGGAAUUGUGAAACCUUCAUUAACUCUCCAUUAUGGCUGGAUCUUAGUGCUCAGAUGUUACAAGGACUACUGUCAAGAUCCGAUAUCAUAAUUCAUAGUGAACGCACUCUUCUAGAAGCUCUUCAAGACUGGAUUCUAGCCCACAAUGAUACAAACUCUCGGACUGUAAAAGACCUGAUUAGCAGGAUCCGUUUUCCUAUGAUUCUGCCUGAGGAACUCUUUGACUUGAAGUUUACCAUUAAAAUUUAUAGCAUUUAUGAGAAACUGUUUCAGAGGGCAUACCAGCAGGCAUCAGAAUUUCAUACUGUGAGUUUGCAAAGGCUUAGGCAGUAUGUAAAUUUAUCUGACAGUAGUUAUAUUCCUCGGAUUUAUACAUCUUCAGCUUGGAGUUAUCUAUACAAUUCCACAGGCAGAUAUUCAGUUAUGAGUGACAUAUAUCAUUAUAGGUAUGACUCUUCUACACAAUCUUCAUUUACUACAGCAAAACACACCAGCUUUCUAUACACAUCUCAAAAAAUGACCUGGACUUCAUUUUUCUUUUCUUCAGCCCAGCAGUGCAGGAAUUCUUUUUCUGACUGUCGUUUUGAUACUUCCCCAGUUUUAGCGCUUUUACAGUCUUAUGUUGACAAUAACAUUGAGUUUCAGAACAAAGCUGUCCUGAUUUGCAAGAAUUCCUAUAUUUCAGAUGUUCUGGAUUUUAAAAAUAAUUUUGCUGCAAUACCAGCUAAUAAUUUAACUUUUUCUUCUAGAUUCCCAUGUGACUCCAUGUAUUCUUCUUUUAGAUAUGUCAUCAGACCGCUGUAUAUUAGCAAUAAUACAUAUUUUUAGGCAACAGAAUCCCUCCUCUCAUUAUGCACAUUGCAAGUAAUGUCCACUGAAUACAAACUGUUGGAAACAAAAUCUGUAGAUUUAUUCUGUUAUCUAACCCUUUAUUUCAUUAUUGUAAACUGUCUGAAAACACUAACUGGCUUUUAUUGACUAAUAGGGCAACAUUUCUCCCAAGCAUUCUAAUCUUCUAGGUUUUAUAACAAUGGCAUUGCACCCUCUGAAAUGGAAACUUCCUAUACAAGACAACAAAGAAAUGGAAAGCACACAUAUUAACUAUUUCUGCCUUAUUUAUUCAUGAUUUCAAACUGCCUUAGGAGAAACUGCUUGCUCCAGACUGGGACCAGCAACCUGAAACCACCUGCUUACUGAGAUCAAAAAUCAAAAUAGCAUUAAAAGCUUUAAGAAAGCCCUCAAAGAGCAUUUAUGUGCAUAAUGUAUUUGCAUCUGGUACAGUGAAAAUGCUUAAGAACUCUUGCAUUCUUGGUUAGAUACUUCACAUUUAUACUGAAGUAUGCCUUGUAGUGUACUACUGUAGCUGAUUUCUGUUUCUCUAUGUUGUACUUAAUCGCCUGCUUAUGCAUUUAUGGUUUUGCAAGCUGUUGAAAAUACAUCAUCUAUGGUUAUCUUUUCUUUAAACUGAUUUAUACUGCUCUUUGAGCCCAAGCCUUGGCUGAAAAGGGUCACUUGACUAGCCAACCUACCCAGUCAAUAACAGUAAAUAAAUAAGUAAACAAACAAUUAAACAAAUAAACAAAAAUGCUAUGAUAUAGCUGGUCUACCCAUGCAUUGUUACCAAUGUCCGACAAUUGCCUAAGCCCCUAACCCUUCUGGCCAAAUUAUUCAGUGUUAUUUUGUUGGACAGUAUGUUUUUAGCCUAUGUCAUCCAUUCCAGGAGUGUAUUCCCUCUAUCCCCCACUUUUCUAUGAAAUACUCAACUUAAAAUUGGAACCCCUUCCUUUGUUAAUUGUGGCCUCUCUUCCACAUUAUGAGCUUUACUACAUACAUCUCUUUCUUUGUCAUUUCUCAUUCUUUGACUUCUUUAUUGACCAGUACCGUAUAUCAGCUUUCCAUCCUUUCUUUCCAGUGAGUUCAGUCCUAAUUCUAUAAAUGUUUCCUGAUACCAAACUUCUUUAAAACCCCUUUCAAUUUUUCUGGCUUUUCUUGGUACCUCAUCUAUUAGUGUUAUUUUUCUCUACCGUCUCCAGAAAAGGGCACUAUAAAGCAUUCUAGGGUGAGUCUCACCAGAACCUUAUGAAAGAAAUACCACAUGUUGAGGCUAUUCCUUCUGAUAUACACCCCAGCAUUCUACUGGUGCUUGCUCUCACAUUCUGCACUAUUAUAGUGACUUCUUGUUGGUUCAACUCUCAUCCCCCUCACCCUGGCUUAUACACUGUCCAUGGGUUGUUCCUUUUUACGUGCAGCUUUGUGCAACUACUGGGAUUAAACUUUAGCUGUUGUACCAGUGAAGAAGCUCCAUUUUAAAUCCAUCUCCUCCAUCAACCAUUAGCCCCUCCUUUCAUUUCAUGCUCAAAGAGACUCCUGUUUACCAAACUGCAUCUAAUGUCUUAUAGGUUCAUAGGUUCAUAGGUAGGUACUAGGCUAUCAGCCCAAGGGCCUACGCAAGUCUAGCCAGCAAGGUACCAUA